AUGUUUCAGCCCAAUGACAGUUUUGAGUUGACGGUACGCCCAUUGGAUGGUGACGAUCCAUGGAUGGACCUUUUCUGGAUGUACAGCACGCAGAACGAGUCCUGGGUAGGAGGCACGGGAGGGGAUGGAACCAAGUAUAAAUACACUUAUCCACGCAUCACUGAAACGUGUGCAGCUGAUCUACUGGGACACAUUUUCUGGGUUCCCUGUAACCCGAAGAAAAUAGUUGAGGUCGAAUACGGUCCAAACUGGUACAUCGAUCAUCCGUCGAGUAAUUUCUCAUGGCACAGCUCGCAUUUCAACGUGCAAACGAAUGGUAAAUGGUCAAAAUCUGAAAUGGCUGAGAUUUACAAGAGAUACGAUAGGUGA